UGGAUGUUUUAACUAAAAAAGAAGUCAUAGCAAGUUCCUCUUGCUCUCUAUACAAAUUUUCCCCAUCACUAAGAAAAAAAAAAGGAGUUAAAAAUAUCUACUAUUUCAUCAUGCGAGGAAAAAUUCUCGUAUUCACUGUCCGGAGAGGUCUGUUUUCUCGGUGUGUGCAUAAUGAGGGAAAGUUUUCUUGACCAAUUCUAUCAGCUUGAAGCCAUGAAGGACCCAAUUACGCCUAUUUAUAUUGUUGGAGCAGUGGCAUUUGUUUCAGUGAUCUCCCUGAUGUGGAUUUCUCUAAGUUGGAUGCUCUGGCCGCAGAAGCAGUGGAGAGAAGCUCCCGGGCAAGGCAUGUGCUUUUGGUCUGCAGCAAAGGUGCAAGUUAUGCCAAGUAUUGGUGCUGAGCACGUGAGACUUGCAUGCGUGAAUCUAAUGCGGGCCUCUGAUCAGAAGCAGAAACAAAACUUUCUUCAGGCCUUGAAUUGGACAAAGACUGAAUUUGCGCGUACCCGGAACAAGUUGCAGGUUAUUGUCCAGAUGGAGCGGAGGAUAAUGAGACUUGAAGCAAAACAACGACAAUACAAUGCUGCUUGAUGCUUAUUGAGUGUUUCUUUAAUGUGCCUGUAGAAAUUUUGAACGAACCUUUGUAGGUUAUCUUGAGAAAGUGGAACCAAAUUAGAACAAAACAAACUUAUAAUAAUCGUUUUA